AUGGCGACUCUUCUUUUUGACGAUGAAUCUGCUCGCGAGAAACCUCUCUUGCAGAGGCUGUAUCCGUUCCACCUUAGACGGAUUAUCCGCGGAGCGAGAGACGCCCUUCAUGCGCUGGAGAGCUUCGAAAAUCUCUUGUUUCCUGCAAAAGUCAUCGGAGAGUCGAGUCGCCAUAGCACUGAUAUCAAGAACAAUUCGUACUCAUGGGAUGGCUUCCUCGAUUUUGAUGCUCACGUUGGAGAUUGUGCAUGCCAGAUUCGCCCCAUGCUGCUCAUGGAGAUAGUUGGGGAGUACAGAAAACAUCCUGAUCAAACGCUGGAGGCAUUCAAUCUGACCAAGAGAAAGCUGGAAGCCAUGGUGACGAAAGCUAUGGAAGUACACCGAAAACUUUGUGAUGAAAAUACCCCCGUCGAGAAAAUCAAUGGGUUGAGCAGGAAGGAAGAAACCCUCAACGCCUUCUAUCGGAAAGUCGGUCUAUCGGAAUGGUUUACCACAUGGGUUGACCCUGAGAGCUAUGACAGUCUCCUUUUCACGGAAAACACUAUUCACUCGACCAAGGCCCGUGCAAGUGGCAGCUUCGAUCUUGCUGUCCCGAUUUCUCCCAACCAUCAGCUUCCUACGCCGCCCGGCUCACCUCAGAUCAGGCAUUCGGGCAACGGCGGUCGGGUUAAAGCAAUUUCGAGCGAAGGACAUCCCAUCUGGGAUGUAAAGAACUUCCGCACUGUCGUUCGCUUUCUGGUCUACGCGAAUUUUCUUUCCCGCUUCAAAACAUGUUUGCACCGACCGGAUGCAGAAGCCUUCAUAUAUCGCGUCUCGCAACAGCGUGCCUUCGAUGCCCACGUCCUUCGCGACGGGGAAGAGCUGAUCUGCCGCUGCGUGCACACCCCAGCCAGAUGUACGUACAGGGUGCGCAAGGACGGACCCCGCCUCAUAAACGACGAGAUCUCCAUGAUGCAGAUAUGGGUCUCGCGUCUUUCGUGCAGUUUCAUGGAGAAGUUAUGUGGGGCAAUGGGAAUGCCUCGAAGCGUUGAAAGAGCGGUUCGCGAGACCGUGCGUGUGUCAGCUCGUGGAAUUGCGGCCGUUCCAACCUUUUUGACUAUACCUGCAAUCAGGCACGCCUGGGUCAUGAGGGAUAUUCCUACAUUUUUGUUAGUUUAUCGCUUUUGUCCUCAAGGAUACCACGCAAAUUACUUUCGCAUCGAGCCUCAUCCCACGACAGCCUUGGCACCGCCGGGAGAUGAUGCAGAUGAAGAUGUCCUGCGUCGCUACAUAAUCGGCAACGAGAUCACUUUUACCGUCAAGCACGUGGAGACUAUAGAUAUUCAAUCGGCAACCAACUUUGAUCCUUGUCUCGAUGAACCGCACAUUUGUAUUAUCGCAAACUCUCUCGACGGAGGAAAUUCCGAGUUAGUCUCCGGCGUGACUGGAGAGGGUCCGUGGUCCCGACUACACGACGACUGCGAUUGCCAGAACAAUAAGAAGGCCGUGAGUCAAAUCCUGUCCUGCAAUUUCAACGAUGUCAUCACCACGUUUUUUGCCCAGCAUUCCAACUAUCCUUUCCCGUUGAAUGCGUCCGAUAUUACUGAAGAUGGUGAUCCUCUCACCCAAUCGUUCAAUAGUAACGGCCUCCGAUUCAUGAAUGAAGAACAUCGCAAACUUAUCGCCUUCUCUCAUAAGUUGGGAACCUCCUAUGAUGCAAUGCAUCUGUUUGUUCCGCAGCACAUGUUUUUGGAACGACCGAGACACUUGGCUGUAGUUACAGAGGAUAGAAUCCGCGCUGGCAAACGUGUAAUUCUCCCAGGCUUUUUUGAAGAAGAAAGUCAUUCCCCGCAAGAGAGACAAGGCAAGAAACCGCAGACUACGGAAGCUCAUAAAACAUCCGACGAUGCUAGUAAAAAGAAGUCUUCUCCAACUACGCGUAAAGACAGAGCAUCUUGCGACAUCACACAUCCAAACGAUUCCACAAACUACAAAGAGCCCACAAACUCUGUCUCUUCCGUCGAUACCAGUAAAGACAGAGCAUCUUGCGGCACCACACAUCCAAACGACUCCACAAGGUACAAAGAGCCCACAAACUCUGUCUCUUCCGUCGAUAGUACCAGGAGGCAGAAGAAGCUGUCCACAGAACAUGGAAAAUCAUACGCCGACUCUUCUGCAUCGGAGGAUCUAGCGCAAGGGGUUACAAGCACCAAAACCUCUGCUACUUGCACCGACAUUUUCAUCUCGAACGAUAUCGAUGGAAAGAUCUCAUUAACGCUUUCCACGACGGACGACACCCUCCAGAAAGCGAAAAUAACUAUCAUUCUUCAAACCUUCGACGAAUGCAACGUUGCUAUCACUAGUCGGAUGCCCAUUAGGGAAGGAGUGCAAUCAGCUGCAUCACAAAGCACCAUUACAGAAGCAGGUCGUUAUCAUCGGGCAAUUGCACGCAACCUUGCUUACACCCUUCCUUUGAUAAUUCUCCUGCUGUUAUUUUCAACCUUUGGCUACCACCUUUUGUUACUCUCAGCGAGCACAGAGACCUUGUAG